AUGCAGCACAGAAACCGCUCCAACAGCAGCUCCUCCAGAGGGUCCAGUCACAGGAGGCGGAGCCGAAGCACAGACAGGGGGCGGGGCCACAGGUCCCACAGGUCUCGGUCCCGCAGCCGAAAUAAAAGGUCUCACUCGCGUCACCGAAGGUCUCGCAGUCGCAGCAGAGAUCGCGAUCGUGGCCAGCGCCGAACCCGAGACAAAGACCGGACACGGGACAGAACUAAAGACAAAGAGACAGACAAAGCCAAAGAUAAACAAAGGGAAACAGGGAACAUCAAAGCUGGAUUAGAACAUCUGACUCCUGCAGAACAGGCCAAAGCUCGACUCCAGCUGGUGCUUCAGGCUGCAGGUACGACUGCUUUCAUUUCUCUUGAGACUCAGUAUUCUCCAUUCUCUGCUCAUCACUGCAAAACUCAACCGUUUGCUGUGGUCACUCAUUUUGUGGAUAUUCAGUAUGCAUCUGACAGGACUCCAGGG